GUGCGGCCAGCCAACAUCACCACUCGUAAAACUUCCAGCGGGUGCACAGUCGGCUGCAUGCUUGAGGAAUAAAAAUGGCCGGAAUACGGCCAGAGGCCAACCUCGGCUAUGCCUACCACAUGCCCACGGCGGGGCUGUGUCUCAGGAUACGCAACGCCCUGUCGCAGUUCAGCGACCUGUUCAGCGAGUUCAACAAAUAUAUCGCCCCUGCUUACCACCAUGACCGCUGCGAGAGAUCUGUGCAGAUGCGCCUCUACACAAUGCACAAGAGAGAAUUUGUCAUGGUCUUUGUGGCGUUUUUCGCAAUCUUUGGUCUCGGCGUCUUCAUUGGAAUUGCUGGCCCACCGAUAACCCACACGAGCGUCCAGCGGUCGAGCCAAUUACUGCCCAAAGUCAAUAAUAGCGACAUCAGCCAUGGGCCUUUUGUGAUGCGCACUCCCGCCCUGACCACAUAUUGCCAGCAGUUGUGGGUCAUUGCCAAGAUGACAACGGCGAAUAAAGACGACGAAACUUAUGAUAAGAGUUUCCACAUGAGCGUAUCCAUCGAAGGCGUCACUGCCGAUCACAAACCCCUAAUUGUCCUGAGAGAGGACCAAGCGCACAACAGAACGAGACACGUCCAUUGCCAGAGGGAAGAGUGCGGCGACUUUAUCGUUUUGCACCUUGGCUUCCUCGACUACACCCACUACAUUUUGACUGUCCAUUUUAACGGGCUUGAGAGCUUCCACCAGAGAUAUAAUAUUAAGGAGGUUUUCUUUCAUUUCAAAACAUACAACCCAGAUUUUACGCAGUUGGAAAUAUGGUUUCGAAUAAUUUUUCUGCUAAUGACAUUUGCAGUUGCGUGCUGGUUUGCCCACGCUCUUCGAAAGUACACGGUUUAUGACUGGUCAAUCGAGCAAAAGUGGAUGUCGGUUUUGUUGCCCCUUCUUCUGUUAUAUAAUGAUCCAAUUUUCCCCAUGACCUUCUUAUUCAACUCGUCCAUACCUGGAUCGUUAGAUGCUAUUUUCCAGGCGACUUUUCUUUGUGCCUUAUUGCUUUUCUGGCUGUGCAUCUAUCAUGGCCUGAGACAAAACGAGAGACACUUCCUCACUUUCUACCUGCCAAAACUUCUGAUUGUUGGCAUGCUCUGGUUAUCGGCGUUGGUAAUGGGAAUUUUGCAAAAGUUCAACGAGUUACGAGACCCGACCUAUAGCUACAAAAUAGACACUGAUAAUUUCUCUAAUUUCAAAGUGUUUUUCUUUAUUGUCGGAGGAUUCUACUUGUUCUAUCUGCUGUACUUAAUUUUGAGAGCCUACACGGAUCUAAGAGCGAUGCCAUUUUUUGACAUGCGGCUGAAAUUCCUAACCCUGCUGAUGCUGAUUGUGCUGAGCUUGAGUAUUACAAUAACCGUUCUCCGCUUUGGCUUUGGAAUUUUGGAGGACAAUUUUGUCGCCGAACUAUCAACAACUUACAAAAACUCUGCCGAGUUCAUGUCCUUUUACGGCCUCCUCAACUUUUAUCUCUACACCAUGGCUUAUGUCUACGCGCCAUCCGAAAACACCGUUUUUGAUUCAACAAUCACGAAAGACAACCCUGCUUUCUCAAUGAUAAACGACAGUGAUGAAGAGGUGGUGUACGGGUCUGAUGAGGAGUGCAGACAGCCGCUGACAAGGAGCCACGAUGAUGACAGCGACUGAACGCGUUUCAUAAUUAUUAAAUAUUUAUCAGUCGCCCGUGUUAACAUUGUGUUAAUCUUGAAUGUGAUAAAUGUCAAGUAAUUAAGUGAGGCUGUUAAAAAUAAUUUCAUUUUUUCUGUCAUGACUUUUAUUUAUAAAAUAUUCAGUUAACAGCUCUAUAAAAAUAUGACACUUAAAACAACAGUCAAAUUUUAAAACCGAUACAUUUAUCAAGUAAGAUCAAUUUCAUAUUAUUUGUAAAGUACACUUUCAGGUUACGUUAGAUUGGUAACUUUGUGAUUUUUAAAUCAACGACUGAAAUUCUCCCCUUUUUUCUCUCACAAAAUACACAUAAUCAUAACAUGCAUUAAAAGUUUGUACUUUAAAUUUUAAAUGUGCAUGCUAGUAAAAUGCUAGACUCUUGGUUCACAGCUAGAUAAUAAUAAUUAUCUGUCUCACCACUGUCCGUGUGUUCUGAAGAAUGAGAUCAACACAUAAUCUCAUAUGUUUCUAUAAAUUACAUUGAUUGUAACGUGUAUGAUACACUUAAAGAAUGAGCAAGAAUGUUAUUAUUUACUUUAAGUGUUAAAGUCAUGAAUAAAUUACUAGAAGUCAAAAACCCUGAAGCCCGCGCGAGUU